AUGGCGGUGGGGCGUCGCGUCGGCUCUGGGCCGUUCGACCGCGCGGCUUUCCUGGGCGCCGCAAAGAAAGUCCCCGUCACCCCCGCGCACGCGCGGUGCCAGAUGCACUUCUUCUUGGAAGAGAAAAAGAGGGCGGGCGCCCAGGACGGGACGCAGGUGGUCCUCCUGGCCGGCCUCUUGGACCGCCUCUUCAAGAAUCGCGCCUUCGCGAAAGCCGCCCAGCAGCUCACUGGCAAGAAGAAGGAGAGCGCACUCGGCGAGACUUGUUGUUUUCCAAUGUCCCCCCCACUCCUUCCCUCCCCUCACCCCCGCUGUUCCUUCCUCCCUCUCCCGAAUUUUCCCGCUCCCCCCCCCGCGUUCCUCGCCCGCCCUUAG